AUCUGUGGGUCCUACAUUCGAAAAAGUGGUACAAAGCAAGGAUUCUGUACUUAUCAGGUAAUAGCUUUUGCCUCUCCAUUGUUGUAUGUUACUCGCUCCUUGUGUUCCUGUGAUCUGACCAUGACCUUUUACUUUUGCUUUUAUAGAUGAUAUCAAAUUUUUGGAUUCAUUAAGUGUGUCAUCUGAGGGUCAAGUGUUCCUGUCCAACACUGUGCCUAAGGAUGCUGUGCUUGCUUCAAAGAAAGCCUGGCACAGCGCACAAAAGCGCAAGGAGAAUGCCAAUCUCAAAGCUUCUCUGAAAGACGCUGAGAAGGAUCUGGCAGAGGAUGCCACUGAGAAAAUAACGGAGUCACCAGUACCAAGUGACAAGGAAGAUGAGGACACCCCGACAACAGAGCCCGGACCUGAGUGCAAUCACUCGUGCAAACUUUGCUGCUUCCGGAGCCCCUUUCCCCCAGGUGCCGGCACAAUGUUGGAGCAUCUUGGUGAGGUUUACUCGUGGUUUAGGGAGAAUUCGGGCCAAAUGGACUCCCUGGCCAACAAACCGCACUGGAUGAAGCCAGGAAAAUGGAUGUAUCCCGCUCUCAAUAAGAGACUAAUUGGAGAUAGCCAGCACGGAGUGUAUGUUGAGCACGAAUUCAUUAAAGAAUGCAAGAUGAUAGCAGAAACGUCUAAGGACAAAGGCCAGAAAUUUAUUAAAGAAAUGUUGAAGGGUCUUCUCGGGCUUCGAGUCUUCAAGGACACUUCAUAUAAGCAUAUGCCUCCAAAACUCAAAGCAGCUUUGGUCGGUGAGUAUUAUUGUUUUAUACUAACUUUGCAAGUCCUACACUGUUCGACCUUUCUAGCAAUUAAUUUAAUUCUUUCCCUUUUUUGUUUCAGACUACUGUAACCAGACGUUUGGCUAUGACAGAACGCCAGCGUUCUACACAAAGACUGUUAACAACCACAGGGAUUAUUUGCAUCUAGGACCGACUUCAAAACCACAGACUAUUCC